UUUAUCAGAUUUUGCGUUAAUGUUUUCUAUUGUUAUUGUUUUACUCCGAAAUCUAUAUAAAUACUCGAUUAGUUGGUGUUUAAGUGAUAUGUUUAGAAAUAUAAUUUGUUGUAAUAAUUUCUUAUGCAAGACUGUUAAGUUGUGAGACUGUUUCGUUAAUAAAAUGUAGGUAGAAUGCCUCCGACAUAUUUAUAAGGAUUUAAAGUAUAAUCUUCAUUAUUUAUCAAAAAUCAAGAUGAAUAUUUUAUGCACUAUAUGCAGUGAUCUAGUGAAUCAAGCUGAAAGCAUAUAUGUAACAAAAUGUGGUCACGUGUUUCACCAUCAUUGUCUCUCUCAGUGGAUAGAAAGAUCGAAAACCUGCCCACAAUGCAGGAACAAAGUGACGGACAAGUGUAUGUUCCGUCUUUACCCAACAGUUUCCAACGAGAAUAAUAGUGAAAAUGCGGCAACACUGCAGUCGAGGUUGGACGAUGCUGAGCUGCAGUUAAGGCAGCAACGAGUCAAGUAUAAGGAGAAGGAGGAUAAGCUUGUGAUUGCUAAUGCGGACUUGAAGAGACAGGAUGACCUUCUGAAAUCAUAUGAGAAGCGUUUAGUAAGCUUUGACUCAAAGGUGCUGGCUCUGCGUGAACAGCUAGAGUUCUCCAACAUACAGAACAAGGAGAUGCAGCGGGUUAAAGAGGAAAAUGAGAGCUUGAAGAAGAAUAUGCAGACGUUAAAUGGUCUGCAAAAGGUGCUCAACGCUACUAGUGAUGAUGUGGAGCAGAUGUUACACAGCUACUCCGAUGCACGCACUAUUGCUACCUUUGCUACUGCACUUAAAAGAGCUCUUUGCGAGUCCGAAGCGAAAAAGAAUGAGACUCGUGACCGACUUCACGCGGCCAAACAAAAGCUCGCUUUGGAGAAGAAAAAUAAUGACGAUCUACAGAACAAAAUCAUAGAAUUACACGACGAACUCGUACAAGCUCAAUCAAAGUACGAGCAACUGAACGCAGAAGUACAAGAACGCAACUCCCGGCAGGAGGACAAGCGCGUGCACGUGGUGACGGCGGAGAUCGAGUCGCCGCCUAAAGAGAAACACGUGGUGCUGGACACUGAUAGCUGCAAUAAUAGUUUUAACACAAUGGUGAAUAACAUAGAGACAUCAGAUUCUCCAUACUUGAGCCUGAAGCAAGGCAACAUGUUCGCGCUCACGGCGUUACAGCGAGCUCCUCUCAAGCUACCUGAUAAAGUCAAGCCAUCAGAGCAACUCUACUUGAACUCAAUCAAAAACGCCACCAAGAAGCGUUUAGGAGAAAAAUCCAACACGUUGAGCACGAAACACAGCAUUUUCCACAAAAAGGAGCCGAUGAAACUCGAAGCACGUGACGACAACGUAACCAGUAGUAUGGAUAUUACCUACGACGGUUUAGGAGGUCAUUCCAAACCAGACAUCUUUCCCGUACCCAAUAGAACCCCGGUCAAAAGCUGUAUACCAAAGUUGUCGGCUAAACAUAAGUUGAAACGGCCUAACCCGACAGGUAGUCAGGAUAUCGAGAAAAUGCUCAAAAAGGUCAAGAAUAAAUAAAGGUUGGAUGUUUUUGAAUUUGUUGUAAGUACAUGCCCCUUAUUUUUUAACUUGUAGUGUAGCAGUAUUUAUUUGGAAAUGAAAUGGUAGGUUGUGUUUUAAAAACAAUGGCAACACUGAUUCAGUAUUGCCAGUUAAACAUUUAACAUAAUAAUUAAAAUGAUGAAGUUAUUUUUAGUAUCAAGUUUUCUCUAAAUCUAAGUUAUCUGUAUAAUAUAUUAUUGUUUGAAUUAUUUAAUUUUACAAAAAAAUAAGGGGCCUCAUUAAGUCAUCACACAUAUACUAAUCAUAUUAAUAUUACAUAAACUCACCGUCUAAAUGUAUUAGAAAUUAAAUAAAAAGUGAAAGUAGGUAUAAAGCUGUAAGCUUAU